CGGGUCCUCCGGGUCCGCGGCCGCCGAGAGCAGCCGGGGCCAGCCGCCGCGCCGCGGGACCCUCCGCCACGCGCAGCUCCGCGUAGCCGGCGCCCAGCAGCUCCCCGUCGGCCCCAAGAGGACUUUGCAGCCUCUACCCCACCCCGCCUGUCCGAGCACCGCCGCCACCUGCGAACAGAUGGAGCUGGACCAAAGGACGACCGGCGGCCUCCACGCCUACCCCGCGCCCCGCGGCGGGCCUGUGGCCAAGCCCAACGUGAUCCUGCAGAUCGGGAAGUGCCGGGCGGAGAUGCUGGAGCACGUGCGGAGGACCCACCGGCACCUGCUGACCGAGGUGUCCAAGCAGGUGGAGCGGGAGCUGAAGGGGCUGCACCGCUCGGUGGGCAAGUUGGAGAGCAACCUGGACGGGUACGUGCCCACGGGCGACUCACAGCGCUGGAGGAAGUCCAUCAAGGCCUGCCUGUGCCGCUGCCAGGAGACCAUCGCCAACCUGGAGCGCUGGGUCAAGCGGGAGAUGCACGUGUGGCGGGAGGUCUUCUACCGGCUGGAGAGGUGGGCCGACCGCCUGGAGUCCAUGGGCGGCAAGUACCCGGUUGGCGGCAACCCCUCCCGCCACACCACCUCCGUAGGUGUCGGGGGCCCCGAGAGCUACGGCCACGAGGCUGACACCUACGACUACACGGUCAGCCCCUAUGCCAUCACCCCACCACCGGCCGCAGGUGAGCUGCCCGGACAAGAGGCGGUGGAGGCCCAGCAGUACCCACCCUGGGGGCUGGGAGAGGACGGGCAGCCAAGCCCUGGCGUGGACACGCAGAUCUUCGAGGACCCGCGGGAGUUCCUCAGCCACCUGGAGGAGUACCUGCGCCAGGUGGGCGGCUCCGAGGAGUACUGGCUGUCACAGAUCCAGAACCACAUGAAUGGGCCGGCCAAGAAGUGGUGGGAGUUCAAGCAGGGCUCAGUGAAGAACUGGGUGGAAUUCAAGAAGGAGUUCCUGCAGUACAGCGAGGGCGCGCUGUCGCGAGAGGCUGUGCAGCGCGAGCUGGACCUGCCGCAGAAGCAGGGAGAGCCGCUGGACCAGUUCCUGUGGCGCAAGCGGGACCUGUACCAGACGCUGUACGUGGAUGCCGAGGAAGAGGAGAUCAUCCAGUACGUGGUGGGCACCCUGCAGCCCAAGCUCAAGCGCUUCCUGCGGCCCCCGCUGCCCAAGACCCUGGAGCAGCUCAUCCAGAAGGGCAUGGAGGUGCAGGACGGCCUGGAGCAGGCGGUCGAGCCCGCCAGCCCCCGCCUGCCCACCGAGGAGGAGAGCGAGGCCCUCACGCCAGCCCUCACCAGCGAGUCUGUAGCCAGUGACCGGACCCAGCCCGAAUAGAGGGCGCCGGCCCCCCGCCUGCCCGCCGUGGCCUUUGCCCACCGGGACUUCUGAGUGGGCUGAUCCCUGCAGGGGGAGCCCUUGUCCUCAUGCAGCUGGACACCCCACCUCAGCCUCCUAGCCUGACCCUAACAGACACGUGUGAUUCAGAUGUGGGCAGCGUCCCCCAAACAGCAGAGGGGCUUCCCUUCCCUGCGGGGCCCUGCCCCUCGCCCUCCCUCGGUCUGUCUUCCCCAGCAUGGGCCGGCCUGGGCCAGCGGCCCCACCCUCCAUACUCUCAGGCCAGGACAGCUUCCUCGUCCUGUUCAACGUCCCGGCCCUCUGGGCACUCAGAAACCCAGCAUCCAGAUGGCACGGGCCUGCAGGCACCAAGCUCAAGGGACACCCCGGGACAGAAGCUCUGGGCUUCUGGGAAGCCACCUCUCCUGGCAGUCGCCUCGUAGCCGACUGGCACCCCUGCCAUGGCCCAGGGCAGCUGGCCAGCCUCGGGCAGUGUGGCUCCCUCCCCCGGAAGAGAGCCGAAGCCAAUAAAGGCAGCAGCAGCAGUGGCAGCAGCAGACCUGGCGUCCUGGUGCCUCCUGGCCCCUCAGCACCACUGAUUCAUGCCAGCCUGGGGAGGGACCGAGCCCCGCUCGAUGACUCACCCGUGGCAGGCGGAAGGUCCCACAGGGCCUGAGUCCUCAAAACCGGCUGAGGCAGCAGCCGGCCCUCGGAGCCAGGAGAGUGACAACAGGUCUCGAGGCUCCUGCGGAGCCUUUGCUGCUGUGCCUGGCAGUGCCUCCUCUCCUCUCCCCCUGCAAGCUGCCUGCACGAGAGGAGAAGUCUGAGGCCGGCGAGAGGCUGGUGGUGAAGACGCGCCAGCGUGAGGGCUGGGGCCUGCCGCUAUGCCCGCCCCGCUGGCCGCCCGCCCGCCCA